AAUCGGACAAUAAUUUUUGUCCCCAACGUACAUGGCGUACGAGAGGCUUACAUAAUCGAUAAAGAGCAUACAGAGAUUCUGGAGAAAGUUCUUUCACGCAUGUCGUCGCUAUUGUCUGGUCAAUCUCGUCUGUAACAAACAAAAAUCGUGGUAUCUAUUGUUUGGCCACACUGAAUAACCGUGAUUCGUCUCCCUCGAUUGUAUACACACCCUCCUAUGUAAUGACCAUAUAUCGGUUUUAAAGGUUUUAGUGUGUUUUUUCCUUGCCAGCUUGAGCUUGUGUACCAUUGGAAUCGCUAAUUGCUUAAUUAACUUUACACGAAUGCGCCCGAACGAUAUACCUUUUAGCAGAGCGAAAAUCAUGUUUACAGACCUCUUGCCAAAGUUAGACGAAAUCGGAGACACCGUGUUAUGCAUCCAGAAACGGAAAGUGUAAAUUGUUGAAUGCUGUGUAUUAUAUGUUUCCUACUGUAUCACCAUUUAUUGGAUUUACGCUGCUUUGGACAAAAGAGUAUAAUUGAUGAUUUAAUCUUCACACACUCAUCACAUACAUCUGGAGGAAUCCUAAAAAUAUUGAGUAUUCGAUUUUGUUUUUCCCUGGAACGGUUUCCAUGCUCUACAAGAGAGCUGGAAUUGGUAUUUCAUUUGUAUUCAUUCGGAACCACCAAUACGUCGUUACAUAAAACUGAAAAUGGUAUCAUCUGGAUAUGCGGUUAUAGAAUAUUUCAUCUACCUCCAGCAACAUUAGAACAUCAAACAUCGGGCUAUUGCAGAUGAUACUGAUGAGUACUACAAUAUAGGAUAGCGGACUUCAGUCAAUUGAAACAGUCGGCGAAUAGUUUUGGGGAGAUAUUCUUUACUUUUGUCCGGAGUUGAAAAUAACCGCUCUUCACUAUGGCGAGAAUCAAGAGCCUGAUACGCCGUAACCAAUGUACCAUUCUUUACCACGCCAUUCUUCUCGUCUUCGUUUUUGUAGUCAUUUCCAACUACGGCGAUAUCACUAACGUUGCUAAGUGCAGAUUGUUUUACCAAAGGAGGGAUGUCAACACGAGAGAGGACAACUUGGACACCAACCCGUCCAUGCCGCUAGUCGACCACGUCGAGAAGUCGUUGGAUGAGUUGAAUUCUGACGUUCGGGACCCUGGUGAAGGAGUGGAGGGUGUGGCACAAGGGCGACCUCGAGACAAUGCCACCUCUCCCGUCCAGGAAAAUGCCGAGCUUUUAGGAGAAGGUGGUUCCCCUGAAAAUGAUUUUGGGAAGUUUAAAGAUAACCGACAACUUCCGUAUGAUCUUCACGAUAUUCAUGCUCAGAUACUUCAAAACAUUCCCAUGAUACCGCGCGUAAAUAGAGUCGAAGCGGUGCCGCGAGUUCGACCGCACAGGAAGCCAUAUGAAGCCGUUAAACAUCACUUCAGAAAAAAGGCAGGUGUAGUUCAUGGACCAGCAAUGCCUGAGAGGGAAAUGACCAAGAGGGCGAAUGUUCUUAUUAUUGCCGCAAUGAGGACAGGCUCGUCCUUUCUUGGGGAAUUGUUUCAGCAGAGAGGGGACUUCUUCUACAUGUUUGAACCAGGAAUGCAAAUAAUGCACAGGCUCGACUCGUUAAACCUGACCCGACGAGUGAUCUACACAAAACUCAUCGAAAUGCUGCAGGACUUCUACCGUUGCGACUUCGCUUCCGUUCCUUUCUUUGUAGACGAAUUGAAUCGAACAACAUUAUUCGCCCGCAAGCAAAUGAUUCCCGCCCUAGUUUCACCUCAGUUCUGCCGCAAGCGUAUGCCAGGAGAACGUCCUCGAGAUGCGUGCCAAGAUGUGAGCGUGAAGGUCCUGGAGACUGCGUGUAGAACGAAAGACCACACUGCCGUCAAAUCUAUCAGGGUACUGGACAUUAACCUUAUGAUAUCAGCAGUCAAAGACCCUGAUCUGAACCUGAAGCUGAUCCACUUGAUCCGCGAUCCUAGGAGUAUGAUUUUAUCACGAUUAAAACUUAAUUUUCCUGCUGUCAAAGUAUUCAAUGUGACUGAGCUAUCCGAUGUAUAUCGCAACAUCCUCUUGAAGUAUUGCUCCAGCUGGCUCCAGAACUAUGAGAUAGGACACUAUGUGCCUUUGAUGAGGAAGAACUACUUGAUGGUGCGCUAUGAGGAUCUGGCACUAGAACCCUAUGCUUACACAAAAAGAAUAUACGACUUCGUUGGUGUUGGUGCUGAAAUUCCUCCUUCCAUGCAGACGUGGUUGGACACCAACACCAAUGUCAACGAUCCAAGCCAGAAGAAGGCUGCCGCCUUCUCGACUAAGAGGGAUUCGAAGGAAGUCUUGGUCAGAUGGAAGUCGAGACUCACCUUAGAAAUGGCUCAAGCCAUCGAAGAAGUUGGUGAUUGCAGUCGACUCAUGAAAGCAACUGGGUAUAAACUCAUUGGGAAUGAUUUUGAGAUGCUGAGCAAUUCUGACCACCUUGUCGACACAUUCCCAGUACCUGAGCUUGAUAUCAACGCAUUUGACUUUUUGUAGAAGGACAUCACAUAUCAUGCAUGGUUCUAAAUAACGUGCAAAAUGUCAUUGUCCUCUAUCGCCGGGUAGAUGAAAGGAUUUUAUAAGUUUUAUCAGCAAAAAUGACAAGACAUUCGAGGAAGCUCACCAAGUGUCUAACUUACAAACAGUAAUACUUACCAACAACACUAUUAUGCAACACCCAUUGCAGCGAAACGGACUCAAGACUGAUAUACGUUAUUUUCAAUGGCACGAUAUUGAUCGAUUUAGGGUUAGUUUCGUUAUUGUGACUUGGGCAUGAACCCCGCAUUCUUUUUUAGGGUAAUGACAGAGUGAAUAUGUAUAAUUGCCCCCACGUUUGCAUUAUUGGUCAGUUUAUAUCAUUGAAACUUAACAAUUUUCUUAAUAUCAUUUAAUCGGAAAAUGGCAUUGAACACCGACAGAUAUGAUUUUCGACAUAUAAUUACGUACACUCAUCACAGUGUAUUCUUAUGAUGUCCACGUUGAACGCUAUUUUCCGAUUUUGUAGUACCUAAUACUUAUCAAAAUAUUGUUCAAUCAAAACAAUAAAAUCAUUCCCCUCCAAUAUCUCUCGUAUAUAUGGGACAUACUCUAUACCACCCUCCUCCCCGAUUUCAUACGCUUGCCCGCCCUCUAUUUUACAUUGUUUUACCAAAUUUUAUACUUGAUUUUUAAGUAAACAUUUUAUUGAAUUAAUCGACAUCAUCAUUCUUCUAUUAGGACGUUCCUUUGAUGAAUAAGAAAAAUGGAAAGAGUGUCCCGAUUGGUGGAAUUUCAAAUGAUGUAUGUUUUUAAUAUAAGUCAUCUCUCAAGCGCAUUGUGUGUCUAAAAUAUCACGCUUCUAGGUGUGAAUUAUGGCGUCGCUGGCUUUCCAUAAAUUUAAAUGAAAUGCUACUUUCAAUAAUGAUUUUGCCAUAUAUUAUGUGACUUUUAAGUGAAUUGUACAUUUAUUAAUUUAUAUAUUCGAUGUAUAAUGUGUGUGUGACUAUUUAACAAAUUAUGAUAGAAAAUUCAAAAUAAUUUUAUAAUUGAAAAUAAAAUUAUGUGGAAUAUAUCCAUAUUCGACCAAGUUUAUCUUUAUCAUAUGUAUCAUAAUCAUAACUUUCUUGUUUUUACUCUGACAUUCUAGGUAUCUUUCGUAAAAUAUACAUAUUAUGUUAUCAAUCGCUCCGUUCUACACGUAAUUCAUUAAUACCAAAGACAUUAUAGGCUUUCGGGAUAUCAUCAUAUUUGGUUACACAUUAUUCAUGUUAUUUCAAUGCUGAAAAUUAAGGAAGGUCUUUGGGUAUAGCAAUCUUUCAUGUGAAUACCAAAAGUAUGUGAAAUACGAUGCCUUGACAACACUGGGUGAAAAAUCGAUUGUUUCAAGGUGUGGUCCUCUAUGUACACCGGUUAACACCACAGUUUUUGCUGUGCAGGUUUAAAGUUGUGGUUUAAUAUGGAUAGCCAAUUGUUACAUAAAUCACAAACAGUAGAGAUAUCAUAUUUCAGCUCAUUUUGGCUCUCAAAUCAUUCAUAAUUGUCUAUUAAGUAUAAAAAGAUUAUUGUCUUUACCCUCGGUGAAUCAGGAAAGAGCACAGUAAAUUUAAGAAACAUACAACUUAAUACAAAAUUUUACAUAUUUGGCUUCCCAUAAUUUUAGCGCAGAGUUAGACCAUGGUCUAUGUUAAACCUGACUUUCAGAAUACGGGCCAUUGAUAGCAAUUGAAUCCAAAUUGAAACCAAUUGAAAAUUCAAUGUGUGUUCAAUGGGUUUCAAUUGGAUUUUGUUCUGGGUAUAACCAUCUUCAAUCCUGGAUUUAAGACUACACCCUAUCCUAAACCUAACCCAGACCCGUAUUCUGAAGUCGGGUUUAAAUUAAACUCAGGUUUAAAGUUGUGGUUUAAGUAUGGGAAGCCAAAAGUAUCAAAUGUUAUAUUAAGUUGUACGUUUCUUAUGUUUACUGUGCUCUUUCCUGAUUCAUCGAUGGUGAAGCCAAUAAUCUUUUUAUACUUCCUAGACAAUUAUGAACGAUUUGAGAGCCAAAUGAGCUGAGAUAUGAUAUCUCUACUGUUAGUGAUUUAUGUAACAAUUAAACCACAACUUUAAACAUAAGUUUAAGUUAAACCCGACUUCAGAAUACGGGCCUAUAUCUUAUAAGAAAUAAAGCCCGAAGCGAUUGUCGCCGGAGAAAAUGUCGUGUCACCGAAGAAACACCCUAAAUCCUCUUGGGGCCCGUUUCAUAAAGAGUUGCAACUGUUGUAACCUUGCCAUUAUGGCAACUACCAUGGUAGCCUUGAUUUUGAUUGGCUGCUGAGCCCUGUUACCAUGGUAGUUGUCAUAAUGGCAAAGUUACCAACAGUUGUAACUCUUUAUGAAACGGGCCCUAGAUUUGUAUAUUUACGCACAAUACACUGUAAAAAAUGAAGUGCUAAUUUAGCACUUACAGUGCUUGUAUAUAGUAACUGUACUACGAGCAUGACGAGUGCUGAUUUUCUAGUUUAAAGUUUAAAGUUUAAAUUUAAAGUAGAAAAUCAGCACUCGUAGUGCAGUCACUAUACAAGCACUGUAAUUGCUAAAUUAGCACUUCAUUUUUUACAGUGUAGAUAAACGAAACCUAUCCGUUUUUAUAUCUUAUUAUGAAAUAAUACGUUUUUGCUCCAUAUUUCUUGAGGAUAUUUAUGUGUAGAUGGACAUGUUGCAAUUUAUAAAGUUAUUUUACCUGUA